AUGAGGAUUAAUGCUCUAGCCUGGUCGGCACUUCUGGUGUUCAGAAUCGAUCAGACCUUUGCGGUCAUUGAUGAUUUUGUUGAGGAAUGGAAGGUCAAGUACCCUUCCCUUGACAAGGAGAAAAUCUCGGACAUCCAUGCCACAGCUCAGCGGAUGAAAGAUGGCCUCAUCAAUCCACCUCCCCCGCCUCCACGGGUCACAGUUCCCGUGAGCAAGCCAACAGAUGUACCUCUUCCCGACACGAAACCAUUUGGUAGUCUUAUGACCAACGGCACAAGCGGUCCCUACUCUGCCAACUCGACCAAGCUUGAGAGGGCCCGUCAGAUCGUUCGCCAGGCCCAGCAGGAGGCGGAUACUCGCAAUCAAGAACGUUUUGCCAAUCCGCGCGUGAACAAUUAUUACCACAGUCACGGUUCAGGCGCAAAACGGGCUCGCGCCCUAGACAAUGCAUCUCUGCGUAUCAAUGCGACGGUUACCGCUGCCGCCGCCAUUCUUGCCGAAGCAAACGAAGCAAACGCCACGACCGUUGAUCAUUCCAAGUAUGCUCUUCCCCUCGACAUUGCGUCCAAGAUCUCUCAGCUAGAUGGGGAUUCAUAUUUGGCAAAGAGAUCACCACCUGGCUCCAAGAGCUUUUGGAUGGAAACCAUCACGCAUGAUGGCCUAGUUCCCUUUGGUGGCUCCUCCACCUCUGGGUACAAAGUGUUCAGAAACGUCAAGGACUACGGCGCAGUGGCUGAUGGUAAAACUGAUGAUACCGAUGCCAUCAACAAAGCUAUGUCGGAUGGAAAGAGGUGUGGCGCGGACUGUGGUUCGUCAACCAUCAAGCCUGCAAUUGUAUACUUCCCUUCUGGCACAUACCGCGUUCGCCAAACUAUUCCCAUGUUCUACAAUACCCAGGUUGUUGGUAAUCCCAAUGACAUGCCAGUUAUAUUGGCCGAUAGAAACUUUAUCGGCUUGGGAGUUUUGUCCUCUGAUGAGUACACUGGUGGCAAUGGAGGUGCGGAUGAGCGGUACAUCAACCAGGUCAGGAUGAAAGGCGUGGCCGGGCUUCACUGGCAGGUAGCGCAGGCAACGAGCAUUUACAACGUCCGCUUCUUUGGCUCCACAGACAGAAGCAAGAAACACAUCGGUAUAUUUGCGGAGAAUGGCAGCGGCGGCUUCAUGGGCGACUUGGUUUUCUCUGGUACAACAAUUGGUAUUCGAUGUGGGAAUCAGCAAUUCUCGUCUCAUUCUCUGGCAUUUUUUAAUGUUGGAACGGCCGUUGACCUCCUCUGGGACUGGGGCUGGACCUGGAAGAACAUCUACAUUUUCAACUCGGAUGUGGGCUUCAACAUGAACGGUGACUUCAUGGGAGGUUCUAUGAUGCUCCUAGACAGUCAUUUUGAGUUUGUCAACCUCGGAAUUUCCAUCGGCACUCAGACGGGAAGCACAGACCAACAAGAGUUCUCUAUGACGCUGGAGAACAUCGCCAUGACUGACGUGAAGACAAUGGCGGUGCACAAGGCGUCCAACACGUUUCUGACAGGAGGUUCAUCGAAAAUCAGCUCAUGGAUGAUUGGAAAAGUGUAUGACAAGGCCAAUGCCGACGGCUCUUUUGUCAAAGGCCAGUACUCUAAAAUGGCUAACAGAGAUCAAUCGCUCGUCAUGACGAAUGGCGUUGCCUCAAACGGAUACUUUAUCCGCAGAAAGCCUCAGUACGAAGACAAGCCGGUAGACUAUUUCAUGACUGCUCAUCCUACGGCUAAAGUAAUAGGUGACGGUGCAACCGAUGAUUCCUUUGCUCUUUCCCUUGUCGCUGCCGUCGCAAUGUCCAAGAAGAUUGCUCUGUAUAUUCCUAUGGGCUCAUACAUUGUCUCACAACCAAUUCUUUUCCCCCCUGGCUCCGUCAUCGUCGGCGAAUGCUGGUCCCAAAUUGUAGCCAAAGGAAAUAAAUUUGGGGACUCUUCCAACCCAAUGCAAGUCGUCCUUGUGGGAAAUCAGGGCGACACCGGCUCCGUGGAAAUCCAGGACCUGUUGGUGACAGUGUCAGGACCGACUGCCGGAGCUAUCCUAAUGGAGUGGAACAUUGCGCAAGAUAAACAAGGAUCAGCAGCAAUGUGGGACGUCCAUUUCCGCAUCGGCGGCGCCGCCGGAUCAAACUUGGAGGCUCCAAUUGCCCAAAGAAUUUUGAUAGAGAGCGGGAAAGGCCCUGUUUGGCUGUAUGGAACUUCCUCCGAGCAUUCCGUCUUGUAUCAGUACAUGAUACAUGACGCAUCCAACGUCGUCAUGUCCAUGAUACAAACGGAAAGCCCGUACUACUUGCCAGACCCCCGAGCCCCAGAACCAUUCAAACAAGUCGCUCGUUUUGGCGGAGACCCUGACUUUUCGGACUGUGCUUCCUCCGGUCCUCACUGUGCAGCAGCCUGGGGCCUUUACAUCCUCGGAUCUACAAAUAUACAUGUUUAUGGUGCUGGAUUAUAUAACUGGUUUCAACGAUACACCCAGCCCUGUGUCGAUUCCCAGAACUGUCAACAGCGCGUCGUCAACGUCAGGAACAGUGGCCAAGUCUGGCUCUACAACAUUUACACAAUCGGAACAGUCGAAAUGAUUAAUCACGAAACGGAUAAGCCUAUUUUGGCUAAGCCUAAUACCAACACGAACAUACAUCCUUUUACCUCGGUCAUCAAUGCCUGGCUUCGUGCUUCCACAGGCCACGGUUCAAGUGACAGAGACGACGACGAUGAUGAUGACACCAAAGACCUUGAGCAGAUGGAGGCUUCAUAUGACCACAUCCAAGAUCGGUGCAUCAGCAAGUAUCUGGCCCAAGUUUUCGCCAGGAACCUCACCAGCAGCAGAGAAAAGUACAACAAAGUCAUCAACAACGACUAUCCUUCAAAGUUCAAAAUCUAUCACGACGUGGUAAAGGAGCAGUCGAUUUACCAGAUUAAGAAAUACAUGCUCGACGACAAGGCGGUCGGGUGGUCCUGUGGCAGGCCACAGCCAAAGAAGUGCUGCAACGAGUGCUCCAAUAGCGGCGGCAAUUAUAUGGACCCUGUUUGUUUCCACUUGUCUUGCUUUGGCUCCAAUGAGGGAUCUCGGACAAAAUGCAGCAGCGGCGAGGACAAGAAGGUGGCUUGCCCAACUGUUGUUGGCGAUUAUCCCGGCCGCUAUCAUUGGGACCUAGAUGAUAAGGACAAGUUCUUUGAUAAUCUUGAAAAACAUUACGGUGUUUUGCAGGGCUGGGUCGAGUUUAUCGACUAUGAUGUCCACUACAACUACGGUUGUGUUUGGGGCCAGACAGAAUCAGACCCCCGGAACAUGGCACAGUGCGCUAAGGAUAGCGAUGUGUUUUGGACAAACUACCCGGCACUCAAGCACGACUUUGACCUCAAGGACCCGUCCGACAUCAUGAAGGCAGCGUACGACAGCGUGACGCGCCUAAUAGCGGAGACGGAGAUUCAAAUGACAGCGGCUGCGGAUGGGUUCGGCAGCUACGCGGACAUUGCCAGCACCCUGAUGCUUCCGGCCAUGUCCAUGAGCUCGGCCGUCAAGAACAUGGAGGGUAUCGUCAAGAUUGCGGACCAGAAGAUCGCCCAGGACCGCGAGGAGGGCAUCGCGACCAUCAUCACCUCCAUCUUCUUCUUCAUCCCAUUCGUCGGCGAGGCGGCCGCGGCCGUGGGCGUCGCGGUGCUGCGUACAAUCAUCGACCUCGCGGGGGCGUUUGCCGACAUUGGGUACUCCAUCUACGACAGCGUCAAGCACCCCGAUGACCUGAUGGGAAACCUCUUUGGCAUGCUCUUUGACGCGCCCGUCAUGGGCGCGGCCUUUAGGCAGAUAGGCAAGGAGUGGCGGGCGAUGAAGCAGGAGAAGAUCGACACGCUGCCUGAGACCUUUAUCAACGAUGUAAAGAGAACUCGAAAGAUGCAGGCCAUCCUCCCAUCGACGCCAAUCGACGGGAUGGAAAAGUUCCAACGACGUGGCAGCCUUUCUACCUACUUAUCUGGGCGCGUGACAAACACAUCACCAGCUGCAUUCAAGAGGGAUGAGCAGAGGACCGCUGCCGUCGGAGUUAUGUCUACUAUCUUCGCUGCCGCGGCCGUGACGGCCUACUCGACAAGCACGGCCUGCCUGACGCUAGGCCACCUGUACCCGCGAGGCACCGACGUCUCGGUGCGGGCCAAUGUCGAGCUGCUGCUAGAGACGCUGGCGGCCGAGGCGACGCACACCGGUGAAUGGGUCAACGUGGUGGGCUACGUGACGAGUGUCGGUGGCGGCACGGCGGCGGUGCAGGCGCUCAUGGUGUGGCCGGCCGGACCGAUGGACGUUCAGCAGUACGAGGCGGCGCUGGAGGAUAUAUGA